CGCAGCCAGAUGGGGCUGGCUUAUAUGCGGAAGCUUCAGUUCCGCUCAGUCCAGUUGACUCCGAGAACAGACGGACUAAAGUCACACUUCUCCCUCCGCACCAGACCCGGCUUCACAAGGCAAGGUGAAUCAUGAGCAGCAGCUACAGCGUCUCCCUGGCUGGCCCCGCCCCCUGGGGCUUCAGACUGCAAGGAGGGAAGGACUUCUGUCUCCCCCUCACCAUCUCACGGCUUAAUGAUGGAGGCAAGGCAGCUCAAGCCAACAUGACGGUCGGAGACAUCAUCAUGUCCAUUAACGGCAUUUCCGCGGACCGCAUGAAUCACCUAGAGGCCCAGAACAAGAUUAAGGCCUGCACGGGCAAUCUCAGCCUCACUCUGCAGAGACCCAGCAGUGCCCCUCAAGAUGGAGUCACUAAGGAAGAGCCUCAGGAAAUCAUAAAACCUGUCCCAAUCACUCACCCUACCCCAACCACGGCAUACACCAAGCCCUCCAGUCAGCCCGGCCCUGCGUACAACAAGACCGCCCGGCCUUUUGGGGGCGACAGCAGCAUUGUGGUCACAGCCCCCUCCCCGGCUGCCCCCUCCAUCCCCUCACCAUCAUCUGCUUUCAAGCCAGCUGCUCCUUCUCAACCGCCACAGCCUCCAUUUCUGCUGAAGUCCAGCCUGCCUGCCCCGGACUCUGCUCCAGCCAAUUCGGUCCCCAGGCCCAGCCCUGUUCGCUCCACCUUCACCUCCCCAUCUGCCUCUUCCUCCUCAUCUAACUCCUCCUCUCCAGCCAGAGUGACAGCCCCCCCCUCCCAUCCUAAUGUCCCACAGCCCUCCGUCUAUAACACUCCGAUCCACCUCUACUCCAAUACCAAUGCAUGUGAGGUGGCUGUUGGACAGAGACGCGGUCUUUUGGAGAGCCAGGGGCUGUCAGAGAACUUCAAUGGGAAGGUUAAUGUGGAGCCUGAGGACCAUGCGUCCCAGCUGAGUGAUGCCAGCAGGAAGCGUCUGAUGGAGGACACGGAGGACUGGCACCCCCGAACCGGCACCUCCCAGUCCCGCUCCUUCCGCAUCCUGGCCCAGCUCACCGGCACUGAAAAUGAGCAAGCUCCAGAGAACGGUGGAAAGAAUGAGGCAGUUGACAAAAGCACUCCCGCUGUGCACACCUCGCCUGCAGCCAAAACAUUUUCCAAAUCUGCAGCCUCACCCAGGAAUGGCAACGGGGUCCCUGCUUCCACGUUCAAGAGCCCAGCCGCCCAGAACAAGCCUUCCUUCCAGCCUGGAGGCCUACCAGGUUUUCCUAAGGGUGGAGGAGCUCCUUCAUUUGGCAAAGUUACCAACCCUACUCCCAAAGGUCCAGACCGCCCCAUCCCUCAGCCACACCCACAGGACCUCAACUCUCUGGUGCAGCGGGCCGAGCACAUCCCAGCCGGGACACGCACCCCCAUGUGCAACCAAUGUAACACUGUCAUCAGGGGCCCAUUCCUCGUGGCAAUGGGCAUGUCAUGGCACCCGGAGGAAUUCAACUGUGCUCACUGCCGCUCCUCUCUGGCAGUGGGGGGGUUUGUGGAGGAGAAGGGCCAGGUGUACUGCGAACGUUGCUACGAGCAGUUCCUCGCUCCCACCUGUGGCCACUGCCAACAGAAGAUCCUGGGGGAAGUCAUGAAUGCCCUGAAACAGACCUGGCACGUGUCCUGUUUCGUCUGUGCCGCCUGCCAACAGCCAAUCAGGGGCAACACAUUUCACAUGGAGGACGGGCAGCCAUACUGUGAAAAAGACUACUAUAACCUCUUUGGGUCAAACUGCCACGGAUGUGACUUCCCCAUCGAGGCAGGGGACAAGUUCCUGGAGGCUCUAGGAUCCACCUGGCAUGACACCUGCUUUGUGUGCGCGGUCUGCUCUGCUAGUCUGGAAGGUCAGGCGUUCUUCUCCAAAAAAGACAAGCCUUUGUGCAAGAAACACGCCCACACAGUCAACAUCUGACCUGCCUCCCAUGAAUAUGAGUUGGUUGGUGUCAGUUGAACCGCAAUUUAUAUUUCAGUCAGAUGAUAAAUAUUUUCAGAAUUGUUUUCAGAACUAACAUUGGGUCAGAGGUUCCUCUAUAAACUUAUUUUUGCUUUUACAUUUUUAUGUCAGUCAGUUUUAUAGAUGAAUAUGGAGUACAUGUCACUGUUGGCCCCCUGCCAGUUCCAUUUCUGUGCAAGUUUUUGGUAAGAUUUUUAUUUGUGCUUUUUUAUUUGCUCUUGAUGGGCAUUUGUCUCACACAGAAUAGGAUAUUUCACAGCAAUGACCUACUGAGCUCCUCGGGGGUCACAUAUCGGAAAAAAGUAUUGAUGUGUAACAAUAUGCUAUCUGUUAAGCUAGUGAAAGGUUUAGAAAUUAUGAUUAUUUAACAUUAAAGGGGGAAAUUAUUUAUUUGUAAACAAGACUUGAUCAGUCAACAUGUGUUCUGGCAACAAAAAGACUAAAAAUGGGACAUUUUAAUAUUAUAUUAUUGUUUGUUUUAUUGUUUUAAAGUAAUGUGCUAUGUAACAAUUCCCAGUGGAAAUAAGCACACACAGUAAUGUGUACAGCAGUGAGGAAAUUAGACACUGUGCAGGUCAAGUUUCAUGCUUAAAAAACAUAUUUAAGAAAAAAGUCUGGUCAUCAACACAAGGAAACCAUAAUAGAUUGUGUUGUUUAUGUAUAUUUUGUUAUGCCGACAGUUCAGGGGAAAAGUAUUCUUCCAGUAAAUACCUCCAUACAAGUCAUUCCUUUUAAUAAAAUGCAUUACAUUUGAAA